AUGGCAUCCUCAUCAUCACAAGAGAGAUCAAAGCAACUACACAACUUUUCAUUGCCUUGUUUGAAAUGGGGUAAUCAGAGACUCCUUAGAUGUGUCAAAGUCAGUGAUGAUAUUAACGAUCAUCAAGAUCAUCAGCAUCAGCAACAAGGAUUUCAAUCAAAACCCAUCAAUUUGGUUUCUUAUAAGAAUCAUAAACCAAACCCAAUUCAAGUUAACAAUUUUGCUGAAAAAAGAUUGAAGCUUCCUUCUUCUUCUCCUUCUUUUGUUGUUGAAGAAGAGAAAGGAGGAAAUAUUGAUGAAUCUCCAAGACCCUGGAAUUUGAGGACUAGAAGGGCAGCUUGUAAGGCUCCACUUAGAAUUGAAGAGCAGACGACGAGGAGAAAUGUUGCUGUUUCUCCAAGCAGGUAUUUAGAGAUUGAUUCACCAAAGAAAUAUUAUGAGAGUUUGAUGAUAAGGAGACAGCAGAGCUUCGAGAUGAAGGAGAAAGUCAAGUUUUCGGUUCCUCUAUCAAAGAGAGAGAUUGAAGAGGAUUUUCUAGAGAUGGUUAGGAUUAGGCCGCCAAGGAGGCCUAAGAAGAGGCCUCGAAUUGUACAGAAGUAUUUGGAUUCAAUUUUCCCAGGAUUGUGGCUAGCUGAAAUUACACCAGAUUCAUACAAGGUUCAUGAAUCAUCUGCACAGAACAUUCCUCAUGCCCAGAUGCAGAAAGCCUUGAUUGGUCACAUCAUCUUCCACUCAAGACUGUCAGAUAAAAAACCUCUUUACAUCGAAACUCGUGUGGAAGAAGCUAACAUGAAGCCCCCUGGCGAAAGCUUUCAGAACCAGAUUUGGGCACCUGAGGUGGUAAGGUUGUGUGGAAAUCAAACCUUGCGGUUGAACCAUAAUGCUCUCCAUGGCAUCUCUUAA